CUCUCUCUCGACUUUCCAAAUAAGAUACAUUAAUGCACAACCCUCACCCUCUCCGGUCGACAUGCAGAACAAUCACCAUAAGGAACAUCUCUAUAAGAUUCUUGUAAUAGGUGACUUGGGGGUCGGGAAGACGAGCAUCAUCAAGCGCUAUGUUCAUCACAACUUCAGCCCCAACUACCGCGCCACCAUUGGCGUGGACUUCGCCCUCAAAGUGCUCAACUGGGACCAGGAGACGGUGCGCCUCCAACUUUGGGACAUCGCAGGCCAGGAGAGGUUUGGCAACAUGACCCGUGUGUACUACCGGGAGGCCAUGGGAGCCUUUAUCGUGUUUGACAUGACAAGGCCCGCCUCCUUCGAGGCCAUCACCAAAUGGAAGGAGGACCUGGACUCUAAACUGAUCCUUGCCAACGGUAAAAAUGUGGCCACCGUGCUGUUGGCCAAUAAGUGUGACCAGGGAAGGGACGCCCUAACCAACAAUGGGAUAAAAAUGGAGCAGUUCUGCCAGGAGAACGGCUUUGUGGGAUGGUACGAGACCUCUGCCAAGGAAAAUAUCAACAUAGAUGAAGCAGCAAACUGCUUGGUGAAGCACAUCAUCACCAAUGAAAAUGACAUGCUCCAAUCAGAAGAGUCCGACACAAUCUCCCCCCAAUUAGAAAAGAAUGGAGGCGGGACGUGUUCCUCUUGCUUUACAUCUCAACCAAUUACAAUCCAAAGUGCGAAGCUAUGGCCCAUCCCAAACAAUCCCUCAAAAUGGCUCCUCAUCCUACCUCAUUCAAAGAUUAGACCCUUUCUCUAAACGUGGUGUCACACAAUCCUUUAUUUUAAUGUAAUCUGCACGUUGAUCAUCGACACUAUGACAUUUUGAAUAAGGGAGUCUGAUCAUUUCUGCAUCCAAUAUUGUAAAGUGUUAAACCGCCUAUUUUGAUUAUAUUGACGCGAUUCAAUUGCAUUUAUUUAAUGAACUAUUUGGCGCAACGCACACAGCCGCCUGAUGUCUAGGGGCAAGUCAGGCUCACUGUUAUCUUCAAUCGAUCUACCCACACAAGCGGUGCCAAACACCCUCCCUAGUGAAAAUGUAUGGUGUCCAAUGGGCUUUGGGGGCCUGAAUGCCCCUCUCACGCAGAGCACCAUGGGAGUGGCUGUGUGUGCUGCACUCACAUGUUGGAAAUACUUAACAAUGUGACUUCCUAACUUUGGCAUGGCCUGUUUUAUAAAUAGAAUGAAUAUAACUCUUAUUUAUCUGAUAUUCUCUCUGCAACUCAUACCCAUAAUGGGAAUAUUGCUCAAUAUUUAUAAUAUACUUCUACUACAUAAAACAAGAAAUGUUACAUCCUUUUAAUUUUUUUUAUUAUAUUGGUUUUUGUAUAUCAACUUUCAAUUUUUAUUGUAUGGCUCAUAUGUUAUAAUAUUUGUUAUAAUAUAAUAAACCGAUCAUAUACAGAUGUACAUAUGAUAUAUUUAGCCCAAAGUAAAGAGUUAUACACUAGAGUUGACCAGUGGUAGACAUGUUAAUAAAAUCAAUUAAUAAAACCAUAGCUUUCUAUACAAAGUCUCUGUUUCUUAUAUUUUUUACACACUUUUACUCACAGGCAGUUUCAGUGUUAAUGAUUUUAGA